AUGAUCAUGCUCCUCCCGCCACCGAAUAAGACCCUCAAGGGUCACAAGCUUCUAGUCCUCUCGCAAUUCCCGCUGCCGCAGGAAUGGCUUGACAGGGUGCGCGCCGAGUUCCCCGACCUGAAGGUGGUGCAUCACGAGCUAGGCUGGGCCGACAGGAAACCGAAAGACAGCUUCAACCAUGAUGAGUGGAAGGACGUGACGAUCCUGCUGACGGGCAGCGCCCUGCCCGCCAUCGAGGACGCGCCCAAGCUGCACUACGUCCAGCUUCAGAGCGCUGGCGCCAAUCACAUCCUCACAGACCCGUUGUUCAAGGAUACGGAUGUGAGCUUUUGCACGGCGAAUGGUGUCCAUGGACCUCAGAUUUCUGAAUGGAUCAUAACAACAUUCCUCUCGUUCCAGCAUCAACUCCCUAAAUAUAUCGACAACUACCGCUCCGGCCACUGGCAACGCGGCAACGAUUUCGUAGAAGACGCAGUCGGCCGCACAAUAGGCAUCCUCGGCUACGGCAGCAUCGGCAGACAAACCGCCCGCGUCGCCACCGCCCUCGGCUUCAAAGUCCACGCCUACACCCUCCACCCGCGCCCGACCCCCGAAUCCAAGCGCGACGACUCCUACACGCCCCCCGGGCUCGGCGACCCGGAGGGCAAGUUCCCCUCCAAAUGGUUCUCGGGCGCCUCCAAGGCUGACCUGCACGCCUUUUUGGGUUCCGGGCUCGAUUUGCUGGUCGUCGCGACGCCGUUGACGGAUAAGACGAGUCACCUGCUCUCGGCCGAGGAGUUUGACAUCUUGGCGGAGAAGAAGACGUUCAUUUCGAACAUCGCGCGUGGUCCGAUUAUUAACACGGAUGAUUUGAUUACGGCGCUGGAGGAGGGGACGAUUCGAGGGGCGGCGCUGGAUGUUACGGAUCCGGAGCCGUUGCCUGAUGGCCACCCGCUUUGGAAGGCGAAGAAUCUGUUGAUCACGCCGCAUAUUAGCGGAUUGUCUACGAGUUAUGGGGACAGGGUUUUGGGGAUUUUGGAGUUGAAUUUGAAGAGGUUGAGUGAGGGGAAGAAGUUGGCUAAUCUUGUGAACAAGAGGGAGGGAUAUUAG